AUGUCUUCCAAACUUAACAUUGGCGUAGUGGGCAUAGGCCGGAUGGGCCAACGCCACGCCCUGAACAUCCUCCAUCAUGUCCCAAGAGCUCGCCUUCUAUGCGUCUGCUCCCCCGCGCCGCAUGAGAUCGAAUGGGCUGAGCAGAAUCUCAAGCCAGAGGGCGUCCAGGUUUUCACCGACAUGAAGCAGAUGAUCCAAAUGCCUGGCCUACAGGCCGUGGUCAUCGCGUCCUCGACGAACCUGCACAUCACUCAUACCCUGGCGGCCAUGGAGCGGGGCAUCCAUGUCCUCUGCGAGAAACCGAUCACAACCGACGUGGCAGAAUUACAAUCGCUUAUUAAAACAGCAAAGAAAUCCUCGGCAAGGCUAAUGGUCGGGUUUGUCCGGCGCUUCGACAAGAACUACGCCGAUGCGCGCGCGAAGGUCCAGUCCGGCCUUAUCGGUAGUCCGUUGGUCGUGCGCUCCCAAGGCACUGAGAAGCUGGAUAAGUCCGGGUUUUUUAUUGACUAUGCCCGCAUCAGCGGGGGUAUCUUCAUAGACACGGUUAUCCACGAUAUCGACUUGACAUUGUCGUUUUUUGGUGACGACGUCCGGCCCAAAUCAUGCUACGCGACCGGGCUGAUUGCGCAUCACCAUGAGAUGAAGGAGUUUGGGGAUGCCGAUAAUGCUGUCGGCGUUGUCGAGUUUUGGGACGGGAGGAUAGCGUAUUACUAUCAUUCGCGGACGACGCAGCAUGGGUAUGAUAACUGUACAGAGAUCGUGGGGAGUGAAGGGAAGAUAGGGAUUAAUCUGUUACCGACAGCGAAUAAGGUGCAGGUUUCCGGGGUCAAUGGGAUUAUACGCGAGGCGUUUCCCAGCUGGAUUGAUCAAUACAAGGAGGCGUUUGUGACGGAGAUGGAAGUAUUUUCAGAGGCAAUUCUGCAGGGCAAGGAGCUGCCGAUGAAGCUGGAGGCCGCUUUGACAGGGUUGAGGAUUGCAGAAGCUCUCCAGGAGAGCCUGAUCUCGGGGAAGAAGAUCGAGUUUGGGGAGGAUGGGGAGCGUAAGCUGACAUCUUCUCUGUGA